AUGGAGAUCUUCAAGCAAUUUGAAGUCAAAAUUCCUCUCUCUGAAGCAAUACAACAAAUGCCAGCGUACACAAAAUUUUUGAAAGAUUUCCUUAGCAAGAAGAGAAAGUAUAUUGAGGAAGACAUCAUUGAAGUCCAAGGAAACUGUAGUGCCAUCAUUCAAAAGAAUCUCCUUCUAAAGUUCAAAGAUCCUGGUAGCUUCACUAUUCUUUGCACAAUUGGAAAUUUAGCUAUUGGGAAAGCACUGAUCGACUUGGGAGCGAGCAUUAAUUUGAUGCUUUUAUCUAUGCUCAAGAAAAUUGUGGAUCUUGAAGUCAAACCAACAAGGAUGACUUUACAACUUGUGGAUCGAUCAAUCAAAUGCUUAAAUGGAGUCGUUGAGGAUGUACUUGUGAAAGUAGACAAGUUCACUUUUCCAAUGGAUUUCGUCAUACUUGAUAUGGAGGAAGAUAUUGAGGUUCCUCUCAUUCUUAGAAAACCAUUCAUGAAAACCGCCAAAGUUAUGGCGGCAAGCUAA